UGGUGACCGCCGAGCGAAGAUGGGGCGAGCUUCUGUCGGCUCCAUCUCCACUCGACCACCCUAGCUACUACCUGCGACGAACUUUAGGCUUGGUGCUUGUCAGAAGCUUGUCUCCCAAGAAGCCUUGCACUUAGAGGUUAUUGUUCCCUGGUGUACUGUGACAGCAAGGUCGGUUUCACCGUAUUCGACGUGUACCCUGCGAAUAGCUGCGUUGUCCCGUCUUCUGGCCAUACGACUCGCACUCAAACUACGACAGAGAAAAGUUGCAACCAGAGCGAAGAGUGUGAAGGCGUGUGUAAGCAACUGGGUGACUGAUGCUUAGUCGCCAUCUUUACAUCCGUCGAUACAGCUUAUAAGCCAGACCGGCAACGCUAGCUCCGUCUUCGCCUUGGCUUAUCGUCCGUGGCCAUGGCUUCCCCAACAUCAACUUCGAGGUCUUCGACAAGUCUGAGCUCGCAAGCUGUCGACGAGAAGCGCGAUCGACCAUUGAGUCCAGAUAUCUCAGGAACACAUCCUUCACAGCCAGAUUCGAAGUCUAGUCCUACGUUCAUAUCUUGGGCCUCAUCGACCGACUCUUCGAAUCCUUUCAACUUCUCUUCCUCGAAAAAAUGGCGCACGACGCUUCUAGCCUGUACCAUGACAUUCGUCGUACAAGUCUCAGGAACAAUGCUCACAUCCGCCGCCGAGCAAAUCAACACCAGCUUCAAUAUCAGCGACGAGGCAUUCCCACACUCCUACUGGCCAGUGUUGAGUUGGAACCUGGGAGUUUGUACGCUUACAUUUAGACUCUUGGGACUGCCUUUGAUGGAGAACUUUGGGGUACGGUGGAGUUAUCUGGUCAUCUACGCAGUUCUGAUCAUCUUCAUCAUUCCACAAGCGUUAGCCAAAAACUUCGCGACAAUCAUUGUAACGAGGAUCAUUACAGGUUCUUGCUCGGGUGUGCUUGCCAAUAUAACGUCGGGCAUUGUGAGUGAUAUAUGGAAAGACGGAAGAGCGAAGAGUUUCGGUACCUCACUUUAUAUUUUCGCCCUGCUUGCGGGUCUUAACAUGGGGCCUGUUUUCGGGAGUUUGGUAGUGCAGUAUACGACCUGGCGAUGGGUCUUCCUAAGCCAGAUCAUCUUCUAUAGCGCCCUUAUACCGGUGCUGUUCUUCCUCCUCCCCGAGGUUCGACCCGAUGUCAUCCUCACUCAGCGUGCACGUCGUAUUCGCGCAGAGACUGGAAAAGAGGUGUAUGCACAGGCGGAGAAAGAGCAUACAAAUUUUGGUGAGAUCCUUAGGGAGACGCUUGUCAGACCCACACGCAUGCUCUGUACCGAAGGCGUAGUUCUGUCUUUUGGAAUGUGGAGCGCUUUCUGCAUCGGCACAGCGUUCAUGUUCACACAGUCCAUCGUGCAAGUCUUCUCGGAGUUGUACGGCUGGUCUUUCUUCGGCACGGGUCUUGUGCAGUCCGCAGUCGUGAUUGGGGAGCUUAUCGGCCUUGUCGCAUCCCUAGUUCAAGAUCGAAUCUACUUCGCAUCCGCGAAACGCAACACGGAUACACCAGGAAAACCGAUUCCUGAAGCACGACUCUAUCUCAGUAUUCCAGCUUCGUUUAUUGGUCUAAGCGGCGGACUGUUCUACUUCGCGUGGACGUCCUACGCUUCUAUAUCAUGGAUUGUACCUAGUAUAUCGCUCGCCUUUAUUGGUUUUGGUAUGUUCUGCAGCACGGCUGGAGUGACGACGUAUGUGGUUGAUGCGUACGCAAAAUACGCUGCUAGUGCCAUUGCAGGCAUUGCAUUCCUUGAGAACUUCAUGGCAGCGUUCUUACCGCUUGCAACCCAGAGUAUGUACCGUACGUUGGGCUUCCAAUGGGCGAGUAGUUUGUUGGGCUUCAUUGCAUUAGCACUGAGUUUCAUUCCUUUGAUAUUGUUGAGAUUUGGGAAAAGCAUACGUGGAAAGAGCCCAUUCAUGAGUGAAGCGGGGUACGAAGAUUGAGUGUUAAGAUCGUUUGAUGAUUGUUAAAUAUCAAGACAAAGAAGAGAAGACGUAUCUUGCUUGUGGACA